AUUACUAGGGCACUAGAAGUGUGACGGUGCCAGUCGGCCGCCGGUGUCCUUAGCAGAUGGUGUUGUGACCCACUCUUGUAGGUGCUGCUGCUGCCUCCGCUGUGCUCAGACCCAGGUGCCUCCUCUGGCAGCUCCGUGCAAAGGUGUGAACUCAGCUUGCUUCAGAGCCUGCCCACCAUGACCUCCAAGAAACUGGUGAACUCGGUGGCAGGCUGUGCUGACGAUGCCCUUGCCGGCCUGGUGGCCUGCAACCCCAACCUGCAACUCCUGCAGGGCCACCGUGUGGCGCUCCGUUCUGAUCUGGACAGCCUCAAAGGCCGGGUGGCGCUGCUGUCCGGUGGGGGCUCCGGCCAUGAGCCUGCCCAUGCUGGUUUCAUAGGGAAGGGGAUGCUAACCGGGGUCAUUGCGGGAGCUGUGUUCACCUCCCCAGCGGUGGGCAGCAUCCUGGCAGCCAUCAGGGCUGUGGCGCAGGUGGGCACAGUGGGGACCCUCCUCAUCGUGAAGAAUUACACGGGGGACCGGCUGAACUUUGGCCUGGCCCGGGAGCAGGCGCGGGCAGAGGGCAUCCCUGUGGAGAUGGUGGUCAUUGGAGACGACAGUGCCUUCGCCGUCCUGAAGAAGGCGGGCCGCCGGGGGCUCUGUGGCACGGUGCUCAUCCACAAGGUGGCAGGUGCCCUGGCUGAGGCAGGUGUGGGGCUGGAGGAGAUCACGCAGCGGGUGAGCGCUGUCGCUAAGGCCAUGGGUACCCUGGGGGUGAGCUUAUCCUCCUGCAGCGUCCCUGGUUCCAGACCCACCUUCGAGCUCUCACCUGAUGAAGUGGAGAUGGGCCUGGGAAUCCAUGGGGAAGCUGGCGUGCGCCGGAUCAAGAUGGCGGCCACUGAUGAGAUCGUGAGGCUAAUGCUCGACCACAUGACGGAUGCCUCCAAUGCAUCCCAUGUGCCUGUGCGCCCCGGCUCCUCGGUGGUGCUGAUGGUCAACAAUCUGGGAGGCCUGUCAUUCCUGGAACUGGGCGUCCUAGCCGAUGCUGCCAUCCGCUCCUUGGAGGCCCGCGGAGUGAACAUUGCCCGUGCUCUAGUGGGCACCUUCAUGUCAGCACUGGAGAUGGCUGGCGUCUCUCUUACUCUCCUGCUGGUGGAUGAUCCCCUCCUGAAGCUCAUAGAUGCUGAAACCACCGCAGCAGCCUGGCCUAAUGUGGCCAGGGUCUCUGUGACGGGGCAGAAACGGAGCCGGGCAGCCCCUGUUGAGCCCCAGGAGGCCCCCGAUUCCAGUGCCCCAGGAGGCUCCACCUCGAAGCGGACAGCACUUGUCCUGGAGCGGGUAUGCGCCACCCUCCUGGGCCUGGAGAAGCAUCUGAAUGCCCUGGACCGGGCUGCUGGUGAUGGCGACUGCGGCACCACCCACAGCCGCGCGGCCAGAGCCAUCCAGGCGUGGCUGAAGGAGGGCCCACCCCCCGCCAGCCCCACCCAGCUGCUCUCCAAGCUGUCCGUCCUGCUCCUGGAGAAGAUGGGGGGCUCAUCUGGGGCGCUCUACGGCCUGUUCCUAACGGCGGCCGCCCAGCCCCUCAAGGCCACGACUGACCUGCCAGCCUGGUCUGCUGCCAUGGACGCCGGCCUGGAGGCCAUGCAGAAGUAUGGAAAGGCUGCCCCAGGGGACAGAACCAUGCUGGACUCUCUGUGGGCAGCAGGACAGGAGCUCCACGCCUGGAAGAGGCCAGGGGCUGACUUCUUCCAGGUCCUGAGCAAAGCCGUCAAGAGUGCCGAAGCUGCAGCCGAGGCCACAAGGAACAUGGAAGCUGGAGCUGGAAGGGCCAGUUACAUCAGCUCGGCACAGCUGGACCAACCGGACCCCGGGGCAGUGGCAGCUGCCGCCAUCCUCCGUGCCAUCCUGGAGGUCUUGGAGAGUCAGGGCGUGUGACAGCCUCCCUUGGCCUCAGCUCCUCUCGCACCGCUGUGCUGAGGUGGCCAUUGUCACUUGCAAACGUCGCCUUUCUCUCUCUGGUCCCCAUGGCCUGUGCUCCGAGAUCAGCAGGAAAUCCUCCAGAAGCUUCCAGAACUACUCCACUGCAGAAGCAGCCUCCAGAACCAGCCCGGAGUGGGUCUCAUGUUUCUCCAGCACGGAAAGCUGAGUCCCUGGGUCUCCCUGACCUGCCUCAGCCCCUCUGGUCUUCAGAGAUAAGGCAUUUUCCCUGGGCCGCAGCUCAGCCUUUCACUAGCAAUGCCGAUUUGGUUUCAAGACUCCCCAGGAAAGGCUGUUUGCACCCAAACGCCCAUCAGUGUAUAAGAAAGCCAAUAAACCACAUUCAAGCAAUAAAA